AUGGAAAGUCAUUUAGCAUUACAUUGUAAUAAAACAUCUAAUUAUAUAGUUACUUUUUAUCUUCAUGAAGUUGCUAAAAGAGUCAAAAAACUUGCAUUAGAUGAUGAUAGUGAAGAUGAUGCUUUUAUUAAUUCAGAUCGAAAAAAAAGAAAAAUAAAGAAUACUCACAAGCAACUACCUCAAUUAGUAAAAUCUGUUAGUGAAGAUUAUAGAAGAGAAAUAAAUCAAGCUUUAAUCAAAGCUUUUAUUUGUUGUGGUAUACCUUGGGCUGUUAUUGAUAACCCUUUUUUUACUCUACCUCAUAGAGAUAUAUUAGCUAAUUGGUUAUUAAAUGAAGAGCUUGCAAUUAUUACU